CCGUGCCGCUGCUGUCUCUGCUUCAUUGUGCCGUGUCUUUGCCUUCCUUCGGUGGAAACAGUCGGUCAGCCGUUCGCCGGUACCGGAGGAUGGUGUCACCUUGUCCGGUCUCGUGCUUCACCGGUUCGACUCAGUAUCGGUCAAAUACCGGAUAAGUGAGCCCCGGGUUCGGCAGCAGGUGUCGGCUUUGAGGACUGCAGUGGUUUGGGUGUGAUGGGGGUCCUCCUGCGGAACCUCCAGAGGGCGGUGCCUCUGCGUCGUGCGCGCCUGCGGAAGGACGUGGACACUCUGAGACAGAUCGUGGGCAUCCAGAAGUUCGACCUGGGCCUGAUCUGUGUGGACAACCGAAGGAUGCAGCAGAUCAACCACAUGUACCGCAAGAAGAACAGCCCCACAGAUGUGCUGUCAUUCCCCUUCUAUGAGGAUAUCCGACCGGGGAAGCUGCCGAGUCCUGUGCACAGAGACGAGCUGAACCUGGGAGACAUUUUCCUGGGGGUGGAGUUUGUCAUGAAGCAGUGUCAGGACGAAUCCACAGACCUGCACGGAGCUCUGACUGUGGUCACGGCUCACGGCAUCUGUCACCUGCUGGGCUACCGCCACGAGACUCCAGACGAGUGGGUUGAGAUGCUGCAGAUGGAGCGUUACAUUCUGAGUGAGUUCAACAGGCUGACGGGCCGACAGCUGGAGCCGCUGACCAAGAAAUGCAGCCAGGAUACAGGACUGUGACCGCACAUUUACACCACGAACGCACUGGACCGCACAUUUACACCACGAACGCACUGGACCGCACAUGGAUACGACCUCUGCACUUCAGCUGAAACCUCAUCACUACAGAUCAGGAUCUUGUACAAAGAAAAGAAAAAUCAAUCAGCGCCCCCCGAACAUUCAGUCUGUUGAAAAUACUUGUUUUUAAUUUGUAAAACAGAAGUUGUGAAAUUCAAUAAAAUGAGCUGCCGUAUUUUU